CCUGUGUGAGGACCAUCCAGUGUACUUAGGCACCGAGGACACUGAGUGGCCAGGCCCUUCAGAGCUCCACACCUUGUGGACACCACAUCAGGUGCAUCUGUGUGCCUUCCUGAUCCUCUUGGCCCUUCUGGCCUAGUCUCCUGACCUGCAGUGAGUGGUGUGCACUUCCUCUUACAGGAGUUGGUGACGUUCAGAGAUGUGAUUGUGGACUUUGGCCAGGAGGAGUGGCAGCAGCUGAAGCCUGCACAGAAGGACCUGUACAGGGAUGUGAUGAUGGAGAACUACUGGAACCUGGUCUCGCUGGAAUUGGAGGCUACACCUGACAUCAAAGAAUUCAACCCACAGGAUGAUGUUUUGGAAGACAGACCAUCUGUUGUGGUGGUGGCAGAAGAAUCACUGAAGAAUGGUUCCACCUGUGAAGGGGCUGGGACACAGCGUGACCAGGUGGGGUGUCCACAGGGGAGCCCAGAGACCUGUCUGGGGCAGUUGGACAUGUCCCAAGCAUUAGCCCCUGAAUGUUGUGAAUUUAAGACAUUUGUCCAACAAAGCUCCAAGCUGGCCCCACUGAGAUCGGAAGAGCUGAAAGGAGUGGGAAUGCACACGUUCACCACGUGCAGGAAGGACUCAGGGACUUCAAGCCUCCAUGCUCCUUCCAAACUCUGUGCAGAGAAAAAGCCCUACAAGUGUGGGGACUGUGGCAAGGCUUUCAGAUAUAACUCGUGCUUGAUGAAGCACCAACCAAUCCACACUGGGGAGAAGCCCUUCUCUUGCACCACUUGUGGGAAGAAGUUCACCCGGCAGUUUUACCUCACCAUCCACCAGCGGGUACACACAGGGGAAAAGCCCUAUGUGUGUGUGGAGUGCAGCAAGGCUUUCAGCUAUAACUCAUCCCUGAAGAAUCACCAGCGAAUCCACACUGGAGAGAAGCCCUUCUCAUGUGCCACGUGUGGGAGGAAAUUCACCCAGCAGUCGUGCCUCACCAUCCACCAGCGCAUGCACACAGGGGAGAAGCCGUACACAUGCAGGGACUGCGGCAAGGCCUUCUGCCGGAAGAAGCACCUCAUCGUGCACCAGAGGACACACACCGGGGAGAAGCCAUAUGUGUGUGGGGACUGCGGAAAGGCCUUCAGCCAGAAAAUGCACCUUGUCCUGCACCAGAGGACACACACUGGGGAGAAGCCACAUGUGUGCACUGUGUGUGGGCGUGCCUUUAGCCAGGAUGUGCACCUUAGGAACCACAAACGGACACACACUGGGGAAAAGCCGUUCACAUGUAGCGACUGUGGCAAGGCCUUCAGUCAGAGUGUGACCCUCAUCAUUCACCAGAGGACGCACACCGGGGAGAAGCCCUACAAGUGCACCAUGUGUGGGUGCACCUUCAGCCAGAGUGUGCACCUGAUGGAGCACCAGCAGACGCACACUGGGGAGAAGCCAUUUGAGUGUGGAGACUGCGGCAAGUCCUUUAACAAGAGCUCUUCACUCAUGCUGCACCACGGGUCCCGUAAGGGUGAGGGGCCGUACGUGUGCAGCCAGUGCAGCAAGGUCUUCAGUUGGAAGGCCUGCCUCAUCGAACACCAGCACAUCCACAUGGGGGCAAAGCCCUUUGAGUGUAGUGUAUGUGGCAAGACUUUCAACAAGAACUUCUUCUUCACACAGCAUCUGCGCGUACACACGGGAGAGAAGCCAUAUGAAUGCGCCAUCUGCCAAAAGCGUUUCGUGGCGCGCUCGUCCCUGCAGGCACACCAGACAAGCCACACUGGUGAAAAGCCCUACAAGUGCGGCCAGUGCAGCAAGGCCUUCAGCCACAAAUCCUCCCUCAAGGAGCACUGGCGUGUGCACACUGGGGAGAGGCCCUAUGAGUGCUCCAUCUGCCAAAACCACUUCGCUGCACGUGCAUCUCUGGUGGCACACCAGGCCAGCCACGCCAGGGAGAAGCCCUACAAGUGCAGCCAGUGCGGCAAGGCCUUUAGCAAGAACUCCUCACUCAGGGAGCACCAGCACGUGCACACCGGGGAGAAGCCCUACAAGUGCUCCCUCUGCCCGAUGCACUUCUCUGGGCGCUCUUCCUUGGUGGCACACCAGGCCAGCCACACUGGAAAGAAGCCCUACAAGUGCGGCCAGUGUGGCAAGGCCUUCACCCAGGGCGCCUACCUCAUUGAGCACCAGCGCAUCCACACUGGUGAGAAGCCCUACAGGUGUGGUGAGUGUGGCAAGGCCUUCAUCAGGAACUUUUCACUCACCCUCCACCGGAGGACCCACACGGGAGAGAAGCCCUAUGAGUGCGGCAAGUGUGGAAAAACCUUCAGUGGAAACAUUAACCUCACCCGACACCAGAGGAGGAUGCACUGGCCUGCUUGUUUCCUUGUCCCCAUGGUCAGCAAAAGGAUGGCCACCCAGCCGCUAACCAAGAAGGCCCUGGGGUCGGUGGCAUUCAGGGAUGUGAUUGUGGACUUCACCCAGGAGGAGUGGCAGCAGCUGGAGCCUGUGCAGAAGGACCUGUACAGGGACGUGAUGAUGGAGAACUACUGGAACCUGGUCUCGCUUGACUUAGAGACUAGACCUGACAUGAAAGAAUCAGACCCACAGGAGGAAGAUUGGGAAGAUAGACCAUCUGUUGCCAUGGUGGUGGAAGGACCCUCAAGGAAUGGUACCCAGGAUUAUGACCAAGUUGGGCGUCAACAGGAGGCCCCAGGGACGUGUUUGGGGCAGUUGGACACAUCUGAAGCAUUAGCCCCUGAAAGUCAUGAAUUUAAGUCUUUUGUCCACCAAAGCUCUAUGCCAGCCCCACAGAGGUUGGGAGGACCAAGACAAUCACAGAUGCACCCGUUCACCAGGAGUGGGAAGAACUCUGGUACUUCCAGCCUCAGUCCCUCCUCUAAACUCUGCGCAGAGAAGAAGCCCUACAAGUGUGGGGACUGUGGCAAGUCUUACGGCUAUAACUCAUCCCUGAUGAAGCACCAACGAAUCCACACUGGGCAGAAGCCCUUCUCAUGCACAACUUGUGGGAAGCAGUUUAUCCAGCAGUCAUGCCUCACUAUCCACCAGCGUGUCCACACAGGAGAGAAGCCAUAUGUGUGUGGGGACUGCGGCAAGGCCUUCAGCCGGAAGAGGAACCUCAUCUUGCACCAGAGGACACACACUGGGGAGAAGCCGUAUGCAUGCAGGGACUGUGGAAAGGCCUUCAGCCAGAACACGUACCUCAUCUUGCACCAAAGGACGCACACUGGGGAGAAGCCAUAUGUGUGUGGGGACUGCGGGAAGGCCUUCAGCCAGAAAAUGCACCUUGUCCUGCACCAGAGGACACAUACCGGGGAAAAGCCCUUCUCGUGCACUACGUGUGGGAAGCAGUUCACCUGGCAAUCAAGCCUCACCAUCCACCAGCGCUUGCACAUUGGGGAGAAGCCAUAUGCUUGCGGGGACUGUGGCAAGGCUUAUGGCUGUAACUCAUCCCUGAAGAGGCACCAACAAAUCCACUCUGGCGAGAAGCCCUUCUCCUGCACCACAUGUGGAAAGCAGUUCACCCAGCAAUCGUGCCUCACCAUCCAUCAGCGUAUCCACACAGGGGAGAAGCCCUACAAGUGUAGCCAGUGUGGCAAGACCUUUAUCAAGAACUCCUCACUCACAGAGCACUGGCGUGUGCACACCGGUGAAAAACCAUAUGCAUGCAGGGACUGCGGGAAGGCUUUCAGCCAGAAACAGUACCUCAUCGUGCACCAGAGGACACACACUGGCGAGAAGCCAUACAUGUGUGGGGAGUGUGGCACGGCCUUUAGCAAGAACUCCUCACUAAUGGAGCACCUGCGUGUGCACACUGGGGAGAAGCCAUACGUGUGUUCGGACUGUGGCAAGGCCUUCAGUCAGAACAAGCACCUCAUCCUGCACCAGAGGACACACACCGGGGAGAAGCCCUAUGAGUGCUCCAUCUGCAAAAUGCACUUCGCAAGGCCCUCGUCCCUGGCUACUCACCAGGCCAGCCACACUGGCAAAAAGCCCUACAAGUGCAGCCAAUGUGGCAAGGUCUUCAGCCAGGGUGCCUACCUCAUCCUGCACCAGCGUAUCCACACUGGUGAGAAGCCCUUCAGGUGCAGCCAGUGUGGCAAGGCCUUCGUCAGGAACUACUCACUUACCCUACACCGGAGGAUCCACACGGGAGAGAAGCCCUACCAGUGUGGCAACUGCGGGAUAACCUUCAGCCGGAACUUCAACCUCACACAACACCAGAGGAGGAUGCACACGUAGCUGGGGGGAAAGGGGCAGGUAUGCUAUUUCAGAAUCCACACCCAAUAGAUGGAUUCUGAGUGUUUGCAGUAAUGCUAAACUUGACAUUGGAGCCCCUGGGUAGGACUCAAUAGAGGUCCUACCCAUAUGGAUCUUGGCAAUAUGGGAAAAGGCCACGGCAUGUACACCAGCUGCUUCCAGUGCAUCCACAAGGCCAUAUGGAAAGGAAGUCCCCCUAUAGAUCUAAUAUCUGGGCAUGUGGCCAGGGCACUGUGACUCAUCAUCUAGCUGCAGUAAACUGCUGUAAGAGCUUAGACAAUGCAUUUAGUGUCUCUGGGUCUCCAUCUCCUGGAUAGUAAAAUGGAGGAAUGGGAGGAGAAAGGAAGUCAGGAGGUAGGCUCCACGGAGACAUUCUCCCCUUGUCACACAUGCCUGGAUUUAGUUCAGAGGUCAGGUUAUCGCUAUCUGUGGGUGUCCUCAUUUCCCCUACACCCAGCCUCUGGUUUCCCUGCAACAGUAGAAGUUGCCAAGUGGUUCAUGAGAGCAGAAAAUUAUUUUUUCACCAUUAGGGAAUAAAAGUCAUCACUUCAGAUGCCAAA